UGGAUUAAAAAUUGAUUAAUUUAGGAGUAAAACAACUGACCAUAGUUUUUCAAGAAAGUUGUCAAUCUGAAGUUAUGCGCUAUAAUCUUGCAAACUCGGAUUCCCAAGUUUACACAACACUCUUCUGUGCAUGCAAAUUUUCACAAGCUGACUUUCAAAAUUUCUAUUUAUAGAUUUCAGAAUCCGAUUAUCAUACAAAUUCAGUUAACAUUAAAAACUUUGUCUCACAUAAAUGCGAACACACACACAGGAUAAAGGAAUCAGGAUUAUUCAGG